GACUCUCGUUAGGUGGUGGCCUUAUAGUUCUAGCAUCUGCUUUGUCGGAUGCAUCGUUAGAGUUGCCGGCAAAAUAUAGUCUGCCAUCUACUUCGAGUAUGCAAGCCGAUGACAAUGGUUUACCACAGUAUCAGUAUGGCUGGUGUCUUCAGUUAUCAGGGUUGGCUUUAAUUCUGGCAGAAGUGGCGGCUGUAUUGACUAUGUCUGGAUACAUGGCCCGUUUCUCAACAGUAGAAGAAAUGGUGAGAGUCAUGGUACCCGGUGCUGAGAGAAAAUUAAGAGAACAGAGAGGUCUGAGUUCAGAAUAUCUAGUUAGAACUCAUCAGAAGUCACCUGGACCUCCACAAGCUCGAGCUUUUGGACAACCUUCAAAAACAUCCCAAAGAGCUCCCGAAGAAGGAACAUCUUUGUUAUGCAAAACUGCACCCGAUAUCUGUGCCUCGAAUCCUCAAGCUAUUAGCUACGUCGAUAAGGCAGACCUCUCUCAUGUUUUACCAGCAUAUCCAGAUACAAAAAACACGGAUUCUAGAUAUAGCUUCGGGGAUAAGUCAGAAGCUAGUGUUAUCGACUCACGAUUAAGUGGUUUUGCCGAUAAGGAAGGUUUAAUCGAUUCCAGAAUUUUAUCUGAUUCUCGACAGAAUAUGAUUGCUUUCACAGAAAGUAAGGAACAUCCAGUUGGCCAAGAGCCACGAUAUAGCGAAUUCUCUCCUAGAACUACGGAACAAAAUAUCGUGGAUUCUAGAUUGAGUGGCUUUACCGAAAAGGAAGGUCUCCUCGAUUCCAGACUCAGUGGAUAUGGAGAAAAAAAUGAAUCGUUAUUGGAUACUCCUUUCGGUUAUGAUACGCGAUACAAUAGUUUAGCAGGGCAGACAGUGCCCAUUACCUUGAAGAAUCAGAAUACAUCUGUUUCAGCUAUUCAAUCUCAAUAUAUUUAUCAGAAUUUCGGCACGAUACACUCAGGGAUUCUUAGAGUAUCCGAACCAGGAACUAGUUCAAGUUCAAACUCUAGUCAAAGAAGCAUGACACUUCAAAAUCCGAAAAGAAAGUCUCAAAUCGCUCAAAAUACAUUUAGUACAAUGGAAUGCGAGAAGAAAAAACGAGGACCUGGCUUGGCUGGCAAGACAGGUUUCUACACAGGUAGCGCCGUAUGACCACCACCACCUCCUCCGACGCCCAGGUAACUGCAAGAGGAGGAAACGCCACUUUAAUCCUAUAUAUUAGGAAACGAUGAACUAGUGGCGUGAAAUCUGAAUCGUUGGAGGAAUAAACUUUGAUAAUUGUUAUGGAAGAAAUCUACGUUAUUAAGAGAGAUAUACAAAUCUCUGUCGUAUCUACUGACGAUUAUGUAGAUACAAAUAUAUUUAUCUUGUGAGAAAAUAGUAUCUACAAAUGAUCAUAUAGUUCCCUGUGAUUUCAUAAUCUAAGGACGAAUGAAAAAAAAUUCUGUGAACAGGGUGCAGACUUAUUACAAGAUUUGAUGCAAAUUAAGAGGGAAAAAAGAACUUGUAUAUAAAUUAUCGAUAAUAAGAUUAAAAUUACGAUCUUUCUUUACGAAAGAGAACCUCGAAACGAAUUUUUUUAACGUUUCGUAAUUACUCAAGCGACGUGUCACAUAGUCAUUAUAACAACCGACAUGUUAAUCGAUAAAAUAAGAAGAAAACAAGAAUUGUGGUAGCGUGCAUAAACUAGGCGUAGCAUUAAGUGGCAUAGGCAACGUAUCUUAAGAAAAUUAAUGUAUAAGCUCGAUUUUACCAAAGAAUUUAUACCUUUUACUCGUGAAAAUGAUCUCGUUGCCUCUAUAAAAACUGGUCGAUCGUUCAUUACAAAUAACAGAGUUGUAGGAUUAUAGUCAAUUGAUCCGCUGAAUCAUUUCAUUUUUAAAGAAAAAUCUCAACAACAUUCAUCUAUAUCUAAUGAAUAUUAUCAAUUAUCAAACUUUUGUAAAUGAAAGAAAUCAGAAAUACACGACAAUUUGCAUAGAAAGUGGAUCAAGAGACAUGGAAAUUCGCAACUCACCGUUAAAUAAUUCAACUAAUCACAUAAUCGCGUUCUCAAGCUGCAUAACUAAUCGAACAGAGCUAUAAGUCAAAAAGGAAUAUUAAUGUAGUAUGGUGUAACACAUAAACUCGGUGGUAUAGUCACGAAUACUCAAUCGGGCGUGAACUCGUCUAACCAUUUUUGGGAAAAAGGUGAAAUGUAUCGUGAUUUAUGAGCGACAAUUCGAACGCAUACGUUUGACGAAUCGUGGAAAAGAUUUUACCAUAGCAACGUAUCAUCGACACGAAGCACAAUAAAUAUUAUAUGCGAAGAUAAAAUAAAUGGAUUUAGAGUACAAAACAUUUUCUUACUGUUGUCGAACGAUAUUGUACACACGUUAAUCGCUUUGCUACAUUAUGAUUUAAAUAAUCGUUUCUCUUCGUAAUCCAUCUAUGGCAAAGUCUUUCAUUACGUUCGCCAAUCUUGGACAUAUCAAGAACGAAAUCGUUUUAUCCAAUCCGAUAUUAAAAUCGUGACUCGAACUCCCUUCCUAUUUCUCACGAUGUGCUCUCUUCAAGGGUUGAGAAUAUUUUAACGUCUCGA